GAUGUCAGUGUCUUAAGAACAAAAAAUUUCUUCUACCUAUACUCUUAAGGAAGAUUAAAUUGCAUUAAAAAAGCAGUGCCAAAUAUCAAAUUUACUUAGAAGAAAAGAUUUUAAAUCUGUUGUAAAAAUUUUACAAACUGAUUAAAAGUCAAGGUUAGGGCAUUUUCCUUUACUUUAGAACAAAUUAUUAAAAGCUUAAAUACUAAAACUAAAUAUAUAAUGUUGGCUAAAAUCUAUGCAUAAGAGGAGACAAUAGAUCUGUAUAUAUCGCCAAGCUGACCAAGAUUGUGAAACUGCACGAUGAUGAAGAUAAUUACUUACCUUUUAUUAAAAUAUAGUGGUAUAAUAGGAAAACUGAGUUGAUGGGUUUACCUAAGGAUUAAUUAGAAUGUAUUUCUGAAAAUGAAGUCUUUAAAACUAAUGAAUUCGAUUAUAUAGAAAUUGAAAGCAUAAUAGGAUUAGCAAUCAUUUUAAGUUAUGAAGAAUAUGAUAAAAUAGAAGAGUUAAAUGAUAAUGUAUACUUUAUGAGAGCUACAUAUAUUGAUGAAAAGUUAUCGCCACCUUUUGAAUAAUGGAAAAAGGUUUGUAUGUGUAGAAAGCCUGCUAAUCCAGAUUUAAAGUAUCAUAAAUUUUAUGAAAAUAGGUAUAUAUUUUGUGAAAUAUGUUAAAAAUGGUUUCAUUUGAAAUGUGUAGGACUAAGUUAAGAUCAAGCUAUAAAAUUAAAAAAAUAUAUAUGUCUUGAAUGUAAGAACUGA